UGUGGAGAGAUACUAUAGUUUUAUUUUUAUUUAAAGGGUUGGUUGUUGUAAAGCAUAGAUUAUUGGAGUUAGAGAGAUACUAUAGUUUCUCUCUUGUUUAAGGUUUCUGCUUGCAAUUUGAAAAACGGGGAAGGAAGGGUCCGGAAGGAAGAUAGUUUGUUCACUGAACGGAAAUGAGUCAUGAGAGAUUGGACAAAGAAGAAUAUUGUUCAUAAAACUUGAUCAUAUGCACCGAAAGUACGCAAAUUAAGAUGGAAAGUUUCCUCUGUGAUUUGGCGAAGCCAUAUGUGGAGAAAUUGAUUAAUGGGGCAAUAGCAGAAGCACGUCAUGUAUUAUGCUUCACAUGUACUGUUAAGGAAUUUGAAGAAGAAAGAGCUAGCUUGGAACCAGAAAGAAAAACUAUCGAGCAACUUGUCAAAGAUGCAAGAGAAAGAAAUAAAGAUAUUAAAGCUAAUGUUGUUUCUUGGGCAGAGGAAAUUGAUAAGCUCAAUCAAGUGGACACAAAAACAAAACAAACAUGUUUUUUUGGAUUUUGUCCUGAUUGCAUAUGGCGAUAUAAAAAGGGAAAGGAGUUGACAAAUAAAGUGAAGAGAAUCCAAGAACUAAAAGUAAAGGGAGAGAAACUUGAAAUUGAAAAUAUUGAACUUUCUCACCGUCUUCCAGGUGUUGAACGUUAUUCAUUCAAAGAUUACAUUUCUUUUAAAACCAGAGAGGAAAAAUACAAAGAACUGUUGGAUGCUCUAAAAGAUGACAACAACUAUAUCACCGGAUUGCAUGGAAUGGGGGGCACCGGAAAGACUACAUUGGCCAGAAAAGUGGGUAAUGACCUUGAGCAAUCUAAACAUUUUGCUUAUGUCGUUGAUACGACCGUGUCGUUUACUCCUGAUGUAAAAAAGAUUCAAGAUGAUAUUGCUGGACCUCUAGGAUUGAAAUGGGAGGAUUGUAAUGAAUCAGACCGGCACAAAAAACUAUGGAGCAGAUUAACAAAUGGUGACAAAAUUCUUGUGAUACUGGAUGAUGUGUGGGAUCAAGGCCCACCACUUGAUUUUGAGGCAAUAGGAAUUCCAAAACAGGGCAAUCACGAAGGUUGUAGAGUUCUUGUAACCUCACGUAGUAAACAAACUUUUAACAAAAUGGAUUGUGAUAAGAUUAAGAUAAUUGAAUUGUAUCUUUUAUCCAAAGAAGAAGCUUGGAUCAUGUUCAAAAGGUAUGCCGGGAUAGAUGAUAGCUGCCCAAAAAAACUGAUUGAUAAGGGACAUAAAAUUGCAAAUGAAUGCAAACAGUUACCAAUUGCAAUUUCAGUCAUCGCCAGCAGUUUAAAGGGCCAAUUCCAACAAAAUCGAGAGCAUGAGUUGGAUGUGACAUUGAAUUCCUUGAAGAAGCCUGUAUCCAUGCAUGGUGUUGAUGACGAUAUGGUUGGAAUUUAUAAAUGUUUGAAGUUUAGCUAUGAUAAUUUGAAGAAAGAAACAUUCAAGGGGUUGUUCCUCUUAUGUUCGGUUUUCAGAGAAGAUGAAGAAUAUUCUAUUAAAGUUCUAACCAGACUUUCAAUAGGAGUGGGUCUUUUUGGGGAAGAUUGUGACACUUAUAAUGAAGCUCGAAACCAAGUAGUUCAAGCCAAAACCAAGCUUGUAGAUUCUUGUUUGUUGUUGGAGGUCAAUAAAAAACGGCUAAAAAUGCAUGAUUUGGUUCGUGGUGCAGCCCAAUGGAUAGGGAACAAUGAGAUUCAAUGUGUAAAAUUGUUUGAUAAAAAGCAAAAGUCAUUGGUUGAAAAUCAGAAAAAUAUCAAACAUUUAUUAUGUGAAGGGAAGUACAUGGAUUUUUUUAACUUGAAAUUUGAUGGUUCCAAACUUGUGACUUUAAUUGUCAAGGUGGAUGGAGAAGAAGAGGAUGAAUGCAUAAAAGUUCCAAAUUCUUUCUUUAAAAAUGUUACCAAUCUUCGUGUUUUGCAUUUUUCAAGCAAUUACCAACAACCUUUAUCAUUAUCAGAUUCAAUUCAGCCAUUGACCAAUAUUCGAUCUGUGUUGGUUGAUAAUGUGGAUUUAGGUGACAUCUCUAUUUUGGGAAACCUACAAUGUCUGGAGACUCUUGAUUUGGUUGAAUGCACAAUCAAUGAAUUGCCAGACCAAAUUACAGAACUGAGGAAGUUUAAAUUGUUGAAGUUGAAAUAUUGUAAAAUUAGAAAGAAUAAUCCAUUUGAAGUUAUUAAAAGAUGCUCAUCACUUGAAGAGUUGUAUUUCAAAUAUAGUUCCAAUGAUUUUUGUAAGGAAAUAACCUUACCUGAGUUGCAAAGUUAUCGAAUCUAUUAUGGUGUUGGAAGUCUCUUUUCUACGGAGAGAAGUUUAGGAUUUCUCAAAUCUGUUGUGUUUUAUGGUAAUGGAAAGUGUCAAUUUUCAGAAGAAACACUCAAGUACUGCAUGCAAACAGCAGAUUGUCUUUGGCUACAAGAAAUUAAGGGGGAAUGGAGAAAUCUCAUGCCUGAGAUUGUUCCUGUAGAUCUUGGUAUGAAUGAUCUUGUUGACCUUCGUUUACGUAGCAUUUCACAACUUCGGUGCCUGAUCGACACCAUUGGUUCUCAAAAACCAAAUGUCUUGUCCAACUUGGUUGUACUAGAACUGAAAGGAAUGGAACAUUUGCAAAUCUUGUUUAAAGGUAAGCUAAACCUCUGCUAUCUGAAGACCAUCAAACUUGAGAAUUGCCCUAUGUUAGUUUCCCUAUUUGAAGUGUCAACUUCUCUAAGCCUAGUUCUACUAGAGACAUUGAAAAUAGCUAACUGUGAGGGACUGAAAACCAUAACAGCAAAUGAAAGAAGAGAGGAUGAAGAAAUAGAUGACGGUGGUAAUAAUAAGAGUCAUGGUUCAGUGUUUUCGAAACUGAAAGUUAUUGAUGUUAGGAGAUGUCACCUAUUAGAAUCUGUACUACCUUUCCUCUCUGCUCAAGGCCUUCCAGUACUAGAAACUAUCAGAAUAAGAAAAUGUGAUGGAUUGAAAUAUGUGUUUGGCAAAUCUCAACAUGUUGACCUAAUUUCACUAAGUCAAUUGGAGCUCUCUGAAUUACCAAACUUCAUUGAUAUUUUUGAAGAAUGUAAACAUCCCAUGUCUUCAUGUGUGAAUGGAUCAUCUUCCACUUCCAAAGCAGAAAUACAAUUGGAUCCUAUCAAAAGCAAUACCUUUUCUUGGUGGACUCGUAUAUGUUGCCAUACCACAAUCCCAUUGGUUGAUGUUGAUAGGGAUCAACCGCAUGAAUACUUGGUGGCAUCGGAAUCAAAUUCACAUCGCCUUAAUAAAUGGGAACAUGCUCAAUAUAUUCCAAUACAAUCAAGCAUGCUUUGCAAUAUUAAAGAGAUUGUACUGACUCACUUCUCCAAGAUGAAAUCAGUAAUUAACCUAUCUUUUGUUCCAAUAAUGUUGUUGGAAACUCUGAGAAUUAGGAAAUGUGAUGAACUAAGGCACAUAAUAGUUGACGUUGGAGAUCAUAACACUGGUGGCAACAACUGGGUCAAUAUUUUCCCAAAAUUGAAAAAGCUCAGUGUUAAAGAUUGCGCUCUAUUGGAAUACAUAUUUGGACCUGGGGCUGAGACUAAUGAUCAUCACCACCACAUGGAGGUUGAACUUCAUUUUCCGGAAUUGACACAGCUCGAACUUCUGAAUCUGCCAAGUUUAAUCGACAUGUGUCCCAAACAAUAUCAAACAACAUUUCCUUCUUUGGAAAAUCUCGAACUCAAGAAAUGUUCCCAGGUUGAUAUCAAAUCUAUUGGUGAUUUCAUUAUUCAUUCAAUUUCAGAAUCUCUGGAUAAUACAAUCAUUAAGGAUGCACGGCAACUGGAGAUAACUUUGCAAGACAUUAAGUUGUAUGACCUGCCUAUGAUGACUUGUCUUUUUGUGGGUCCCAAAAAUUCAGUUGCCCUCAAAAACCUUACAGACAUAAGAAUUGUGCGAUGUGACUUAUUGAAAAUUGCAUUCUCCACUUCCAUUUUAAGAUUUCUACCACUGUUGCUUUAUUUAAGAAUUGAAGAAUGCAAAGAGUUAGAAUAUAUUAUUGAAGAUGAUUUGGAGAAUAAAAAAAAAUCAAAUUCCUUGUCUUCAACAACAUGCUUCCCAAAGCUAAAAGUACUUGCUGUUAUAAAGUGCAACAAGUUGAAAUUUGUCCUUCCAUUCUCUGUAUGUAAAGAGCUUCCGAAGCUAAAUGUUCUGUUGAUAACAGAAGCAAAUGAGUUGGAAGAAAUAUUCAAAAGUGAAGAUGAUCAGAAAGUUGAUAUUCCAAAUCUAAAAAUUGUAGCAUUUGAUAUGCUACCAAGCCUCCGUAAUACCCAAGGAAAUCAAUUUCAGGCUGUGAAAACUCGCUUUGUGCGGGAGUGUAAAAAACUCACUCUGACUUCAGUAUUAACAGUCACUAGCUUCAACAAAUUUAUGAGUUUAAUACCUGGUUUUAAGCUCUCAAAUCAAGACUAUGACUUGUAUAUGGAUUUGUGGAUGAAAUUACGAGUGAUGGCAACAAAUUCAAAAGGUAUUGAGAUAGAAGGAACUUCUAAGACUAACAAUGAUCAAGUUUCUCGAAAUGAUGUUGCUUUCAUGAAAGUGACCUCAAAUGUUGAGGAACAAUUUUCUAUUCCGUCUCGGUUCCCUUCAACACAUUCUAAAGGGGGCCCUUCUCAAAAAGUAGAAGAUUUAAGUUCAUCUUUGCUUGUCAAGAGGGAGCUUGAGGAACUGGUCUCCAAGAAUCAUUUGGAUUAUCAGAACUUGCCUUUAUUAACUGAUUUUCUUGUUAAGAAUCCUUCUGUUCAUUUAAAGGACACUUCACUUCCUAAUAGAUACAAGGGUUGUGCCUACAACUUACUGGCCGAGCUAUUGAAAUUCCUCGAAACCCAUAGUUUGGUUGAAGUAUCGGGCUCACGCCACUCUGAAUUUGUGGAGCUAUUACAAGAUGCGCGCUACUUUGCUUUUGAUAAGGAAUGGUUGGAUGGUGUUGAGAGGCGUGCUUUAUUUCCAGAAAUACAAGUAUCUCCAGAUGCUUUGGAAAAAUUAUUGCAUUCCAAGAAACAGGUUACCAAGGAUGUUGAAGAUUUGCGUUUCAAGAUACACAUUUUAAGUCAACAUGUGGAAGAUCAUAAGCAUCAAUUGAUAUCCUCUGAAGCUGUUUUGGAGAGUAUCAUUCAACAAGAAGCGGUUCUAAGUGCCCCUAUUGGCUAUUAGACUAUAUUUUCUUGCAUUUAUAUUCUUUCAUUGCGAAUUUGCUAUAUAUGUUUUUCAUUGUGUGUGCUAUUGUACUUCAAUAUUGUUUAUUCCUUGAGUGUAAGGUUUCGUCAUUUCUCAUGAAAUGAUCUUAUGAACCGUCUUAUUAUGUUUGUGUUGGGAGGGUUCACUCCUGUUAAGAAUUCAAGUUUAACAAAGUCAACACUGCUA